AUGACUGAGAUGAGACGUCUGGUCCGCCGCAUGGGCCAUGUGGUCCCCUGUGAGAGUUGCAAGGAUGCACACAAAGCUAAGUUUCUACCAGUGUGCUGCAAGUAUGAGGAGUGUGAGCACUUUGCACUUUUUGAUAGUGGUGACCAGGGAAAGUCCUCUGAAGAAGAGGAGUCCAAUGAAAGUGAGGAUGAAGACUAA